AUGCGCUCACAAAAUCCGUCUCCGAGCACCCUCGUGGGCGCCGCCACGUGCGUGUGGAACCAGUACUACCCCGAAGACCACUGUAUAGGUAUCCGCCAACCUGGAGAGACCCGCUCCGUGCAGUAUUACCGUCCAAUCAGCGACACAGAUGGCCGAUUCCAAGCUGCCAUGGCCUUCCUCAACUGUUUCCGGCAUGGCGAACAGUGGGCACCAUUACUUCAAUGUGACUUGACCCAGGCGAACGUGACGGUGGUGUGGCUGCACUAUCUGGAGCUCAUUCGGACUGGAACGGAGGACUUUGAGCAAGCAGUGACGGAAAACAUCGAAGACGUGCUGCUUUGUAUGGGCAUCGCGCUGUGUAUGCGGCGACAUGAGCUCCGUAUGGAGAUUGAAGAAGAUGUGACGAGGAAACGAAGCGUGCCCGUAGACCGCACCAAGAUCACUGUUCGAUUGCAUGGCGUGACGCCGGUGUUGCCCAUUGCAGCGUUGAAAGCAGAAUUGGUGAAUCAGUUUGUCAGCGUUGUUGGCACAGUCGUGAGAGUGAGCGCUAUCAAGCCGCUUGUAACAAGAUGUGACUUCGUGUGUGCGAAGUGUAAUGAAGCGACGUCGAGAGCCUUUCCAGAGGGAAAUUUUACUUCGCCGCAGGGAUGUGAGAACUCGACCUGUCGAGGUAGAACGCUGCUACCGAACCGAUCUUCUGUAGAUACGGUGGAUUAUCAGAAAGUCAAGCUGCAGGAAAUGGAAGCCACCGAUGUUGGUCCUGGUCGUGUUCCACGAAUGAUUGAGGUGGAAUUAUACGAAGAUCUUGUGGACUCCUGCAUUCCCGGAAACGUGGUGACGAUUUCGGGUAUUGUAAAGAGCGUCAAUUCAGAAAUUCAUGGAGGCAGGUAUGGCAAGCGUGCGCAAGCGAAUAGCCUUUAUAUAUUGUACAUCAGCGCCAACUCAGUCGAAAACUCAGCAAAGGCGGAAAAAGACAAAGACAAAGCUUCGGAUAUUGAUUUUGCCAAAGAAGACCUCGAACAGAUCAGCAGUAUCAUCAAUGACGGCAACGUCUUCGACCGGCUUAUACAUUCCCUGUGUCCUGGCAUUUAUCGCAACGACAUCGUGAAGGCUGGUCUGAUUCUGGCAUUACUCGGAGGAACCCGGAACUCGGAUGACAAAGACACGCCAUGCGUGAGCAGAGCAGAUUCGCACGUGUUGGUUGUUGGCGAUCCUGGUCUGGGCAAGAGUCAGAUGCUUCGGGCUGUGUCCAUGGUUGCGCCACGCGCUGUGUAUGUGGGCGGAAACACCACUACCACGACGGGGUUGACUGUCACAAUGGUAAAAGACGGAUCUGGCGACUAUGCGCUGGAAGCCGGUGCUCUUGUUCUUGCCGAUCGAGGAGUGUGCUGCAUCGACGAGUUUGACAAACUGGGUAUCGACUAUCAGGCUUUACUAGAAGCGAUGGAGCAGCAGAGCAUUAGCAUUGCCAAAGCCGGUAUCGUGUGCAACCUCAAUGCACGGACAUCCGUCAUUGCUGCUGCCAACCCUAGCGGCGGCCACUAUGACCGCAGUCGUUCGGUGAGAGAGAACCUGAAAAUGAAAGCUCCGCUCCUGUCUCGCUUUGAUCUCGUUUUCAUCCUGCUGGACCGGCCAGAUGAAGAAAGAGAUCGACUGCUGUCGGAGCAUGUAAUGAACUCUCAUGCACGCGGCACGCGCAAGUCGAGGAAGCGCGGGCGAGAAAAUUGUACAUCGAUGAGCUCAUGGACCUCUAGCAAGUGUGCUGACACUCCACCGUCACGCAGUUACGAAGAAGCGGCAGCGUCUGGUCAUCGCAUGCUAUCGCACCGUCUCCGUCAAAACGCGUCCGAGUUCAGCAUGAACCCCAUACCGCUCUACUUUGUGCGCAAGUUCAUCGCCUAUGCUCGCCGGUACGUGCAUCCGCGUCUGUCAUCGGAGGCUGCUGUAGUGCUUCAAAAGAAGUAUUUGGAGCUUCGUUCAGCGGGUGAGGGCCAGCACAACUCGACGGACAGCGUUCCCAUAACCACACGGCAGCUCGAGUCGCUGAUUCGUCUCUCACAAGCGCGUGCUCGAGCGGAACUCGCCGAAACAGUCUCGGUCGAGCAUGCACAAGACGUCGUUGAGAUCAUGCAAGAAUGUUUGCUGGACACGUCCGUCGCUGAAGACGUCAGCCUCGACUUUGGCCGCAGUGGAGGAAUGAGUCUGGCCAAGAAAGUGAAAGCGUACGUCGCACGACUGAUGAAAGCUGCAGCCAGACGCAACACGUCUCUCUUCUCCAUGGACGACUUGCUCGAAGUGGCCGAUAGCAUGGCGCUAAAGGUGGACGACUUUCGAGAUUUCGUGGACAUUCUACGCAACGAGUGUUACUUGUUGAAGAAAGGUCCGAUGCAGUACAAAGUGCAAGCAUCCUCGUAUAACAUGAUGUAA